AUGGCGCCCGUUCCGGGCGAAGAGAAGGAAUGGCGGGCAAACGACCAAGUCGCUGCCGCCACCAGCACAAACCAUGCCGAGCCCGUGGCAACGGAGCCCUUGAAGCAGGUCAGCAGGGAAAGCGAGUUGAAUCCAGAGACGCAGAUGGAUCCGGAGAAGGGGAGGAGGUUCGACAGGACUGCGAGCAGCGGCACCAGCAGUGAGGAAGAUGUGGUGGAGAGGAAAGACGCGACAAACACAACGCCAUGGUACAAGAGGUUAAACCCUCUGAGGCGGAACACAAAGCCGCCAAUACCCCAGGAACGUGGAGUCUCGCCCGAGUAUGGUGCCAGCUUCCUCAGCUUACUCACGUUCCAGUGGAUGUCUCCCCUCAUGACCACUGGCUAUCAAAGGACCCUCGAAUACAACGACCUAUGGCUAGUCAAUCCAGACCGAAGCGCAGAUGCAAUGUCCAGCAAACUUAAAGUCGCCUUCAAGAGGCGUGUAGAACAAGGCAACAAGCGUCCGCUUGUGGGAGCCAUGUACGAAACAUUCAAGUUCGAAUUCAUACUUGGCGGCGUCUGUCAACUCAUUGCGGGCCUUGUACAGGUUCUGGCACCCUUCGUGCUCCGGUUUCUUAUCCAGUUCGCGGCCGACGCAUACAGGGCGCAGAUGAGGGGAGGUCCAGCACCGUCGAUUGGUCGCGGGCUGGGUCUGGUUUUCGGCAUUACCGCUAUGCAGGUAGUGCAGAGCUUGUGUACGAAUCACUUCAUGUACCGAGGCAUGAUGGUUGGAGGCGAGGCGCGAGCCGUCAUGAUCUCAGUAAUAUUCGACAAGGCCAUGGUUCUUUCUGGGCGGGCGAAAGCCGGAGGGAAGUCACUGGAGGCCCCAUCGUCACCGCCGCCUGGCGUUCAGCCUGGAAGCGAGGCGGAGAAGAAAUGGUACCAGAAGAUACUGAAGCGCAAGGCAAAGGAUGGCAAGAAGGGCAAGAAAGACUCGGCCAAGGGUGUCGAUGGCGACGGCCAGGGAUGGGGCAAUGGACGGAUCGUCAAUUUGAUGUCCACAGACACCUAUCGUAUUGAUCAGGCCUCCGGCAUGUUCCAUUUGAUUUGGACUUCCCCGAUCGCUAUCCUUGUCACCUUGGCUCUUCUCCUCGUCAAUUUGGGGGAAAGUGCUCUUGCUGGUUUUGGUCUUCUGGUCAUCAUGAUGCCUCUCUUGGGUCGAGCAAUCAGAAGUUUGUUCAAGCGCCGAGCUGCCAUUAACAAGAUCACGGAUCAGAGAGUUAGCUUGACUCAGGAGAUCCUGCAAGCAGUCCGCUUCGUUAAAUACUUCGGCUGGGAGACUAGUUUUCUAGGGAGGAUCGCCGCAAUACGCAAUCGGGAAAUCCGGUCCAUUCAAUGGGUACUGGCCAUUCGAAACGCAAUCAACGCUGUCGGAAUGUCGAUGCCGGUUUUUGCAUCUAUGCUAGCUUUCAUUACGUUCUCUUUGACCAACAACGUCCUUAAUCCGGCACCGGUCUUCUCCUCCCUAGCGCUUUUUAACUCGCUUCGAUUACCACUCAAUCUCCUGCCUCUUGUCAUUGGACAGGUCAUUGAUGCCUACGCGUCUGUUCAACGUAUUCAGGAGUUCUUACUCGCCGAGGAAGCCCAAGAUGACGCAAAAUGGGAUUAUGCCAACAAGAACGCGGUUGUGAUCAAGCAUGCCGACUUUACUUGGGAGCGAUCACCAACUCAAGAUCCGGACCAGGUACCCGGUAAGGGGCCGCGCAGCAGGAAGCAAAUCAAGAAGGAUGAGAAAGCAGAGAAGGAGGCAAAGAAAGAAGCCGCGCGAAAGAGUAGAGACGGGCUGCCCGGUGAAAAUGACAGCUCGGAUUCGCUGGCUGAGUUAGAACCAUUCAAAAUUCGAGAGGUUGAUAUCACUAUUGGCAGGGACGAGCUGGUCGCUGUUAUCGGUGGCGUGGGAUCUGGGAAGAGUUCUCUGCUAGCCGCCCUUGCCGGUGACAUGCGCCGCACAUCCGGAGAAGUUAUACUCGGAGCAUCGCGUGCUUUAUGCGCGCAGUAUGCAUGGAUUCAGAACACCACCGUCAAGGAGAACAUCACCUUCGGAAAAGAGUACAACAAGGAAUGGUAUACACAGGUCGUAGACGCGUGUGCUCUGCGGCCCGACCUUGAGAUGCUGCCAAACGGAGACUUGACCGAGAUCGGAGAGCGUGGUAUUACGGUUUCUGGAGGCCAGAAGCAGCGGCUCAAUAUCGCACGUGCCAUCUACUUCAACGCCGAUAUCAUCAUUAUGGACGAUCCUCUAUCCGCUGUGGAUGCGCAUGUUGGCCGUCAUAUCAUGGAUCACGCCAUCUGCGGACUCCUCAAGAACAAAUGUCGCAUCCUCGCUACCCAUCAGCUACAUGUCCUCAACCGCUGCGAUAGAAUCAUUAUGAUGGAGGACGGUCGCAUCACCGCCGUUGACACCUUUGACAAUCUAAUGGCCAACAAUCAGGAGUUCGUCAGGUUAAUGGCUACGACCGCCGUUGAGGAAGAAGAGGAAGUAGAAAAGGAAGUGAACGAGGAUGAAGUGGAGGAGGAAGUCAAGCUCCAGAAGCUCCAAAGCAUCAAAAAGCCUGCCGCCGCUCUCAUGACAACGGAAGAGCGGGCCGUGAAAAGCGUCUCAUGGGGCGUGUACCUGGCUUACAUUAAGGCAUCGGGUUCGCUCUUGUUCGGCCCAGUAGUGCUCCUCUUCUUGAUCCUCUCACAAGUAGCAAAUAUCGCAACAAGCUUGUGGCUAUCAUGGUGGACAUCGGACAAGUUUGGGUACUCCGACGGUCAAUACAUCGGCGUGUACGCUGCCCUCGGAUUCGUUCAAGCGCUUCUGAUGUUCAUCUUCUCCAUCAUGCUUACCGUCUUUGGCACUCACGCGAGUAAGGUCAUGCUCCACCGAGCUAUAGUCCGUGUUCUCCGCGCUCCAAUGUCCUUUUUCGACACAACGCCAUUGGGCCGGAUCACCAACCGCUUCUCCAAAGAUGUCGAUACCAUGGACAACACACUCACCGACUCGAUGCGAAUGUUUCUUCUAACCAUGGGAAUGAUCCUGUCCGUCUUCGGCCUGAUCAUCGCCUAUUACCCUUACUACGCAAUCGCCCUAGGCCCGCUUUUCAUCAUGUUCCUCUUUUCCGCAAACUACUACCGCGCUUCUGCACGAGAGAUCAAGCGUCACGAAUCUGUCCUCCGGAGCCACGUCUUCUCCCGCUUCAGCGAAGCCGUCUCCGGCACCGCCACGGUCCGCGCCUACGGCCUCCAAGACCGCUUCUCGCGCUCCGUCAAGGACGCCAUUGACGACAUGGACAGCGCGUACUACCUCACCUUUGCGAACCAGCGGUGGCUCAGCGUCCGGCUCGACGCUAUUGGCACGCUUCUCGUCUUCGUAACCGGCGUGCUGGUGGUGACAUCCCGCUUCUCCGUCAACCCCAGCAUUGCUGGCCUCGUGCUCUCGUACAUCCUCUCCGUCGUGCAGAUGAUCCAGUUCACGGUCCGCCAGCUCGCUGAGGUCGAGAACAACAUGAACGCCACCGAGCGCAUCCACUAUUACGGCACCGAGAUCGAGGAAGAGCCGCCGCUUAAGGUCGCUGAUGUGCGGCCCUCGUGGCCUGAGCGCGGCGAGAUCGAAUUCGAUAACGUUCAGAUGCGGUACCGCCCCGGCCUGCCGCUGGUGCUGCAGGGGCUCAGUUUACACGUCAAAGCCGGCGAGCGCGUCGGUGUUGUCGGACGCACGGGCGCGGGCAAGUCGUCUAUCAUGAGCACGCUUUUCCGUCUCGUUGAGCUCUCGGGUGGGAGCAUCACGAUUGAUGGCGUCGACAUUGGCCGCGUGGGUCUCUACGACUUGAGAUCCAGAUUAGCGAUCAUACCCCAGGACCCGACGCUCUUCCGCGGCACGAUCAGGAGCAACCUUGACCCCUUCAACGAGCACACAGACCUCGAGCUGUGGGCAGCACUCCGACAGGCGGAUCUCGUCGCCCAGGACGCGAGCAUGGAGGACAGGACGCAGCGGAUCCACCUCGACAGCGUCGUCGAAGAGGAGGGCCUGAACUUCUCGCUCGGUCAGCGCCAGCUCAUGGCGCUUGCGAGAGCGCUGGUUCGCGGGAGCCAGAUCAUCGUCUGCGACGAGGCGACGAGCUCCGUGGACAUGGAGACGGACCAGAAGAUCCAGAAGACGAUUGUUGAGGGGUUCAGGGGCAAGACGCUGCUGUGCAUUGCCCACAGGCUCAAAACCAUUAUCGGGUAUGACCGUAUUUUGGUCAUGGAUGCAGGGAAGGUGGCGGAGUUGGAUACGCCGCUCGCGCUGUACGAGAAGGGAGGUAUCUUUAGGGGGAUGUGUGAGAGGAGCGGUAUCAGAAGGGAGGACUUUUUUGGGUCUGAGUAA